AUCACCGCGGCCACCGGAGACACGUAGAAUCCAUUCGAAGGCAAGUGUGUGGUCGAAUCAUUCCUUGUACAAGUCACGACAUCCUGUGCAUCGUUCCUUCACGCACGGGUAACACCCACCGUUUGCCCAAAGCGACCCCAGCCUCCAUCGGCCUCGCAUUCACCAUUACGACUACACGAUAUUAGAUUCACGACUAACCUGAUACCACAAUUCAACUUUGGCCCGUUGCCCAAUAAUAUAGCCUGCUUGGGCAGGUCCGAAUACACGUAAACCAUUUCGCCGCAUCCACGUCUCCGCCCACUCGAAUAUCCGCCACCAUGUUCACGAGCUUCACGGGCAAUACACGCCGAGCGCGCCAAGUGAACCUGGGCGGAAAGAAGACCAACCCCUUCGGCCCUCCCGGCUCUGGCGCUGGAUCUCAAGCUGCCCUCGACCGCGCACAGCAGGAACGAGCCCAGCGACAACGCGAACGAGAUACAUUGAAUGCGAGCAAGAGGAUACAGAGAGUAUGGCGGGGUCACUUCGCUAGGAGAGAACUGGCAGACCAUAUUCGGGGCGAAUGGGACAAAGUGGAGGCGCCGAAAGGCGUACUAGCAAACACAGCAUACGGCUCUGAAGAAGAGGCUCUUACUCAGUUACAGCACUUGCUUCGCUUUGCCUCUCCGCGGAGCGAGGACGAUUUGAGGCGGAUACAGAAUUUUGGAAUACGGCAGACGGAGACGGUCAAGAGUUUAGGCGUUAAGCCGGAUGGAGCCUGGCCAUCUGCUUAUUCGAGGUUGCAGCGGAUACUACUGGUCGCCAUAGAACGACAGGUCAAGGUUCCUCCAGUCGCACGGAAUGAGCUUGGACAAUCCAUUGUUCUCUUAGGAUUCCUCGCCGAACAAAUACCGGCCGAGACAUCUCGAAACGCUGAACAAUACUACCGUACCAUCGCAAGCGUCGUAUCCAGCCUUACCCCACUGCUCGAAGCGGAGGCCGAUGGGCCAGCUUGGAUGGAUGCCAUACAAAAAACGGCACUCUCUCCUUUAAAUAGGGUCACGGGCUAUACAUUGGAUGCAUACGAGGCUUUUGGCAUACACAUCCUGACACUUCCACUGCUGAGCUCAGACUCAACGUCAUUGAUUGUGCGGAGGUUUCGAGACUCGCUCGCCAAUGAAAUCAAUUACAAGUUACUUGCGAAUGCACUGGCAACUCUAGCACCGAAGUCAGGUCUGCAAGCCAAAGCCGAGCUGAGGAGCUCCCCAAGCCGGCUGCGUCUGCUGGGAACUUUCAUCUACUUUCACCGCUACGCGCACAAUUUUGAUACCCCCGAAGCAUAUGCUGUACACAAAGACUUUGUAGCCGUCGUCUCCGUAUUGUUGAACUCGUUACCAAUUGGCAUAAUUGACGAAGACCACCCGAUCAGCGAGAUUACAGAGGAUGAUGGAACUGAUCAGGAACCUGAGACGGUGACAAAUUUCCUGAAAGAGCAGGUCGGGUCCUUGGUACAUCAAGAAGGCAUUGGCAGUCUACUGGUUGGAUCUUCGCAGUCAGAGGAGGCUUCGGAUGAUGAAAAGAUUGAAGAAGCCCGACAACUGGCAAACUAUGCGCUUGCCCUACUACGCUUCUUCCCUCGUCGGGGUGAUGAGAUUCGGAUGUGGCUUUACAUUGGUCCAUCGGAAGCGAGGGGUAAGCGGAAACUGCCUGCUAUCCGAUACUUCUGGGAAGCAUCAAAACGGUCGUCCGUGUUUUCCACAAUCUUCAAAGACUCGCGCGCGGCCAUCGGACUGCUCAAGCCUAAAGCGACAAAUGGUGACACCUCUGAUCGCCCUGGUACAUCGGGAUUGACGAACCACGGUUUCUGGCAGCCAGCUAAACAGCAGGUCGAUCAAGAUGCCAUCGUCACCGAUGAAUGGCGGGUUAUUCUAGUGUUCCUUGAACUAUACACCUUUGUGCUCAAAGUGACAGAUGACGAGGAGUUCUUCACUGCUGGUCAGCAAGAUGCCUACUCUGGUCAGAUCCGCGACAACGGGUUAGCUUUGAACGAUGUGAAAGACCUGACGACCUUCCUGAAGAACCUGGGCUUUACACUAUACUUCAACGCAGUCGAUAUCACGACAUCGGAUACAGAGGCCGGAAGCAGUAGCAUAAGCCUCAAUUACUUCAAUCCCAAAGCAAUGGACAAUCAAACCCAGAAAGAGCAGGUGGAGCCAUCAAUAGGUGGCGUUGCAGGCUUGAAGAUUGAUUAUGUCAAAGGCUUAGUCACCGGACUUCUUCGCAUGGUAUACGAGCGCGAUUCUCGGCGCAAGUUCUUGCCCUCGGAUCACUGGCUCAUGACCUCUCGCUUUGACAUGACUGGCUUCAUUCCAGCUGUAGUAGAAGAGGAAGAGUCGCGACACAAGAUUCAAGAAGAGGACGCCGAUGAUCUUGACGACCAGGAAGAAGAGUUUGACGAUACACCACAACUCAUUGGGACUGGCCGAACACAGCAACAACGACGGCUGGAGAAGCUACAACGACAGCAGCGCAAGGCUUCGAGGAGGCGCUACCUGCAAGCAGUGGCGCCUCGUUUGGAGAUUCUACAAAACAUGCCGUUCUUCAUACCAUUCACGACGAGAGUUCAGAUCUUCCGGGAAUUCGUGCACUUGGACAUGACCAAGCGAAGGGGCAGCGCUGACCCAGAGCUUUGGCGGUUUAGGCUCAUGCAGCAACGCAACGCACGUGAUCAUUUCGAAAAACACUCGGCAAGGAUUCGAAGAGAGAACGAAUUUGAUGAUGCGUUCGAGCAGUUCUAUGAAUUGGGCCAGGGUUUGAAGGAGCCGAUCCAAAUCACGUUCAUGGACCAAUUCGGUGCAGCUGAGGCUGGUAUUGACGGCGGUGGUGUUACCAAGGAGUUUCUUACCAGUGUCACGAACCGAGCUUUCAUGCCAACAGACUACAUCGACAUGUUCGUUGAGAACGAUCAACAUUUGCUGUAUCCAAAUCCCGCAGCACUCGAAGAGCACAAGGAAGCUUUGCGACAGGCAGGUUUACGCGAGAACUCACCAGAGUAUCGUGCGCAAGUCACUGAAUUACUUCAGCGCUAUGAGUUCUUGGGGCGCAUCAUAGGCAAGUGUUUGUACGAGGGAAUCUUGGUCGACGUAAACUUUGCGCCCUUCUUCCUGCGCAAAUGGGCCUUGACAGGUGGCGCCGGCUCUGCACCGAAUGAGUCUGGAUAUCGACCCACGCUUAACGAUCUGCGUGACCUGGACGAAGAGCUAUACCAAGGUCUACACAAACUCAAGACCUACCCUGGCGAUGUCGAAGACUUUUCACUCAACUUCACAGUGACAGACACGGUUGUCGUAGACCACGCCACCUCGCCCAAGAAGACCAAGGCUAUCACCAAAGAACUGAAGCCUGAUGGAUCCAAUACACCCGUCACCAACCAGAACCGGCUUGUCUACAUCAGCUACAUGGCCCGCCACCGUUUGCAAAACCAACCCUACGCUCAAACAACCGCCUUCCUCCGCGGCCUCAGUACGAUGAUCCAACCCUCAUGGCUUUCCAUGUUCAACCAAUCUGAGCUUCAAACCCUCAUCUCCGGCACCCGCACAUCCAUCGACGUCGAAGACCUGCGCCGCAACACAAUCUAUGGCGGCACCUACGUCAUCGGCGACGACGGUCAAGAGCAUCCUACCAUCCAGAUACUGUGGAAGGUCAUGAAGGAAAUGUCAGAUGACGAGCGUCGCGCUGUCCUCAAGUUCGUCACUAGUACACCCCGCGCCCCGCUCCUUGGAUUUGGCACCCUGAACCCGCGCUUCAGUAUUCGUGAUGCGGGUAGCGAUCAAGAGAGGCUGCCUAGCACGAGUACGUGUGUGAAUUUGCUCAAGUUGCCCAUGUAUCGCGAUGAAAAGACGCUCAAGGAGAAGUUGCUGUAUAGUGUAUUUUCGGGUGCGGGCUUUGAUUUGAGUUAA